AUGAAAUGUGUGUUGCAGAUUUUUGUCCUAUGGGUCUUUUGGGUGCUCAUCUUGUGCCUGAUGGUCCCCUGCCUGGAUUGGAAAGCUGAAUCGACACCCCAGGAAAAACUGACGUACUUGGUACCAUGGCGUGGCAACUGCCUUUGGUUCAAGUUCAGGAAGUGUGGCUGCCCAUCUGGGACCCUCAACUACUCCCUCUGCCACCACAGGGUCAGAAAACAGAACUGGUUUGAUGUGUAUGAGAAGACAAUAGGGUCUGUGGGGACAACAGAGUCCAUGACCCUCAAUGCUGUGCUCUGGUGGUUGGGCAUGAACUCGGCGAGCGAGCUGGGCAAAGCGUGGGAGCAGCUGUUCAGGGUGAUUCCCAGAUCCUCAGUGAGUCAUAAUCUGUACUGCGGGACUUGUGUGCUGGUGGGGAACUCGAAGAUCCUGCGGGCUUCUGGCCUCGUUAGCAACGUCACCCAACACACCACAGUCUUCAGGAUGAAGCAGACUCCUGUUCAGGGCUUCAAGAUGGUAGGGAACCAAAGUAUGGGACACUUUACCUGCCGUAGGAAUGUCGGGGCCCAGGGUUCCUGGAGACAGCUGCUGCUGCUUCUCCUGAAGCUUUCUGGUCUGGCAUGGACUUCAGAUGCUCUGAGUCAGGAGGUGAUGAUUUUGGACGAUGAUCUAGUUCCCUAG